AUCGACUGGUAGCUGAAGCUCAAAAAAGCCGCCACCCCCUACCUCCUGUGUCAGUCCGGCAGUGUCAUCCAGAUCUACUAGCUAGCUUAGCUCAAGAGCCAGUCGAAGAUUGGGCUCAAGAAACCAGCUCAAGAUCCAGACAGGUCUCAGCCAGCCAUGUGCUGCAGCGAGUGCGGCUGCUACGACGCAUUCUGCGACCGCUGCUGCCCCUGCGUCUCCUCCGGCGCGCGCGACACCAUCCUCUGCUGCGCGUGCUGCCUCGCCGUCCUCGCCGGCGUCGUCCUCCUCGUCGUCCUCCUCGCGGCCUACUGCUUCAUCCGCCACGCCGAGGUCGCCGUCGUCGACGCCUCCCUCACGCGCCUCGCGCUGGCCGCGUCCCCCUCCACCGCCUUCGCGUACAACCUCUCGCUCACGCUCACCGUCCGGAACAGGAACUGGGCCAUGAGCGUCAGGAACACCCAGCCGCUCGAGGCCGACUACAGCUUCGACGGCCAGCGCUUCGAGCGGGUCAGGCUCGCCGACGAGGGCUCCACGCACCCCGCCCGCAAGACACAGGUGCACCACCUCGUCUCCGGCGCCGACAGCGCCUACGUCGCGCUCGGCAACGCCGGCGUGGCCGAGUUCAAGGAGGAGAACAAGACGGGGGUGUUCCAGGUGGAGGUGGCGCUGUCGGGCGAGGUCAGGUACCAGGCGCACUUCACCAAGUGCAAGUUCCAGGCCAAAUGCCCGCUCAAGCUGCAGCUCGCGCCGCCCGGCACGCCGGCCGUCGUCUUCCAGAAGGUCAAGUGCAAGCUCGCUCCGGCGAGCAGGUACUGCUAGUCAUUGGUACGAUUGGUGGCUAGUGAUUUCUGUCGGUAGAUUGGGAGGACCAACUGCAGGUAGAUUAGAUUGUCCCCAUCGGUAUGCACUUAUUUUCUUCUGAAGUUUUCUUGCGGGUAGAUCAGUCUUUCAGCAAAAUACUUAAUUUAUGGA